AACCUUAAACUAAUCAUUCUUUCUUCCUUUUCCCUUCUGUUAGGGUAAUGAAUGUGAUUUUCGUCACAGUGAGGGUGCUCGGAUGAACCCUAGAGACUGUUGGUACUGGUUAAAUGGCAGUUGUUUGAACCCGAAAUGUUCAUUUCGCCAUCCGCCAAUUGAUGGUCUCUUCAGUGGUGCCCCAACUCCUGGAGUACCUCCAGUUUCUUCGCACUAUGGUGCUUAUAACUCGGGCAAGCAGAUGGUCCCAUGCUAUUACUUCCAGAAAGGGAACUGCCUGAAGGGUGAUAGAUGCCCUUUUUAUCAUGGACCUCAAGGGGCUGGUAAUAAUCCCACAGAGCAGGUGGCGAAGGUUUCUUCCUUCCCUGUGGAACUGCCCCAGGCUAAAAAGAAUGAAGAAUCUGCAGCUCCUGAUAAUUCGACGCAGCAAGGUGCUCGAAUAAUUGAUGACAGGACUAUGGUCCAUGUUGCCAAGAGUGUUAUAGGUGCAAUACCUACUGAACUAUCUUCCAAUGCAGUGAAGUCUAGGCCCAACUCAGAGCAGGCACCCAAUAAUACGCUAGCAGCGAAGAAAAGUUUCACCACUGAGGAGGAUCAUCCUAUGCACUAUGAGAAUCUGCUCCCUGUUGAAGGUGAUUCUGUCCAAGAGUGGAACCAAAGUUUCCAAAUGCCCCCGACAGAUGACCUGCCACAGAAUAGCAGGGAGGCUGAUGAUUUUUUGGGGGAGUCUUCUCCUGGUUUUGAUGUUCUUGUAGACAAUGAUGCAGAAGGUGCUGCUUAUUUACAUGACGAGGAAGAUUUUGGAAGGGAUAUGUACCCUGUAGAAGAUUAUGAAUAUGCUCCAGCUGAUUUUGAUAUUCGGGCCCAGCAUGAAAGUGAGCAGUUCAAUGGAAUGGGUGAAAAUGGGCAGAUUGGACAGCUGUGUGAUGGCUAUGAGAGGAAACGACGCAGAUCCUCAUCUGAGAGGAGCAUGGACAGACCUUUCCAUUCUGAUAGAAGGUUUCUCCACAGGGGGCCUGAUCGUGAUGGGAUAGAUGGAUCAGAUCUACGCCAUCAGCUCCGAAGGAGACGAAUAAGUGGGCCUUCGACAGCCAUUAGCCCAGAACGGGCUAAUGGGGGCCGGCACUGGAGGGAUGAACGCUACAGAGAAAGCGCACAUGGUGGUCACCACAUGCACAGUGAUCGUCGUCAGGGCCCACGAGGAAGCACUCUAAGUUCCCGUCUGCAGGCCAGAAUAAAGCUUCCCGGAAGAUCACCUGAUAGAGUUGAUACUCGCUUCGAGGAUGAGCGAGACAGGAGACUCCGGGAAAGAUUUUCCCCAGCAGCUAGACUUGCAGAUUUUCAUGGCAGUAGGCAUCGGGAGUCAGGUCAGCAUCAAGAGAGGAGCCACCGGAGAUCAAGUGAGCUUGUCUCAAGUGCCAGGCAUGCAGAUGGCCUCUCUUUUAAAAGAGAUUCGGUUGAUUCAGCUCGCUUUGCUGCUCGUAGAAACUUUGGAGAGCCAAGGAAAGCAAAUGGAAUUGUGGAAUCCGAAGCUUCUCUUGAUUUUGAGGGUCCAAAACCCCUCAGUGUCAUCUUGCAGAGGAAAAGAGAGGCAGCAGGGGGCAAUAACUUAGCUUCCAGCUACGACAAAUCUGCUGAGGCUGCGGUCAUGCAGGCUGGUUCUCUGGUUGAAUCUGAGAAGAAAGGAUGCGACAACAUUAUUAUCUCUGAAAAUUGCAAGAGUGGAUCAGGUGAUGAAGAGUACAAAGAGGAAUAUCAUGUCCCUGUGGAGGGUCAUGGACAGUCUUCAUCACAUGGUGAUAAAUUUGAGGUUGAAGAUGCUGCUGAAGUCGAUCCAGAAAGAAAUCAAGAGGCAGAUAACUAUGACCAGAGAGAGGGUGAGUCCGAUGACUACGAGACAAUGGAAGGUCAUGACUACAAAUCUGAAGAUGAAAAUGCAUACCAAGACGAUGAAGAGUUCGAUGAUGAUGAUGACUUCGCUCGGAAAGUAGGGGUUGUUUUCUCUUGAGCUUGACGGUGUCAUUGGUUCUGUUGCUUGAGGCAGAGCGCUCUAGGUUUUGUCACUGGUUCUGUUGCUUGAGGCAGAGCGCUCUAGGUUUUGUCCACUGGUUCUGUUACUUGAGGCAGAGCGCUCUAGGUUCUGUCGUUGCUUCUGUUGCUUGAAGCAUGCUGGAAUGCCUGCAUUGCUUAGGGCAUCUUUUGGAUGAUUUCAUCUGGCGCUUUAUGUUUCCUUUUCACUUUGAUAGUGCUGAAGCCUAUUAUUUUUCUGAGGCUCGUAACUGAUAAGUAUAGGUCAGAUAUGAAGCGAGGUAGCAUUCAUAAACGAUUGAGGCAUGUAAACAGCUGUGCUUUGUUCAGCAUAUCUGACCUAUCCUCAAACUUUGUAUUGUAUUAGUUUCCUUACUAACAGCAGGAUAUUCCUUGGAUCAAUUUAUGCCCGAAAUGAAAAAUAUUUUGGGGGGGCUUUUGU